UGAGUCCGGGUACAAGGUGGGGCAGAGAAUCUCCUGGUCAAGUUGUAAAAGUUGAGUGUCUGUCCGUGUAUGGCGAAUUACCGGCAAACUUGAAGAAAACACGUUAGCGGUAGUCGAGUGGAUUAAGGCAGAGCUGAGAGCGUCUGACCAGGGUCAUGGCUUCGGGUAAGAACAAGAACCAGACGUCCCUGGCUCUCCAUAAGGUGAUCAUGGUGGGCAGUGGAGGAGUGGGGAAGUCCGCCCUCACCCUGCAGUUCAUGUACGACGAGUUCGUGGAGGACUACGAGCCCACCAAGGCUGACAGCUACAGGAAGAAGGUGGUGCUGGAUGGCGAGGACGUGCAGAUCGACAUCCUGGACACGGCGGGUCAGGAGGACUACGCCGCCAUCAGAGACAACUACUUCAGGAGCGGGGAGGGCUUCCUGCUCGUCUUCUCCAUCACUGAGCACGAGUCCUUCACCGCCACCUCCGAGUUCAGGGAGCAGAUCCUGAGGGUGAAGGAGGAGGAGGGGAUCCCUCUCCUCGUCGUGGGGAACAAGUCUGACCUGGAGGAACGGCGGCAGGUUUCUGCAGACGAGGCCACGGGGAAGGCCAGUGAGUGGGGGGUCCAGUAUGUGGAGACCUCGGCGAAGACGAGAGCAAACGUGGACAAGGUUUUCUUCGACCUCAUGCGCGAGGUCCGCAAGAAGAAAAUGGCGGAGAGCAAAGACAAAAACGGACCGAGCGGCAAGAAGAAGAAAAAGCGCUGCUGCAUACUUUAACCCUCAGACGAUCCAGCCGAGGCGACAAACGUGCCAAAACCAAAAAAAAGAAUCUAAAGAAGCGGUCGGACAGACUGAACCAAUCAGGUGGCGGCUUCUAGCCUCUCUGCCUGACUGACAGCUGCAGUGUUUCUACAUCGACUCUCUCUGGAGCCAAACGCCCGGGCUUUUCCUUUAAUCCCAAACUCGUGUAUAAACCAACAUUUAAAGAACCCAGUUAGUCUGAGAAAUCUCACUUCUGUUCUCGUUUGAUUCUGUAAUCCUGCUUCCUCUUCACGCACAGAUCCUGAAGCCUCCACGCCUCCUGGUCUGGUUUUAGUCUGCAGAUUUAGCAUCAGUGAGUCCACAAAGAUGGAGGUUCAGGUCAGCCCUGAACCAGGACUGAGGCGUUUCUGAACUUUCUGACAAUCUCGACUCUUUGCCUGUAAAUCCCAGAAGCACCGUCGUCACUCCGAUGUUCCAGUGUUGAUAUUUGUGCCUUAGACCGCCUUCAUGCUCUCUGCCCUGUAAAUCUGAGUCUGAGAACUUUAACUAUUGUCUGUUUGGAGUAUUUUCACACAUUCCUGAUUGAUCAUUUACACUUCCACACUCCUUUUGUAUGAAAGCUUUACCCCCACCCUAAAAACAAACAGUAUAAUUUAUAAUCAAGCUGAAUUAAAGGGACUCUGUGUACGUCA